GCAACUGCAAGCCUCCCUCAUCUCAGCGCGCAACGAAUUUCCGUUUCCGCAACCGAGGCCAUCCUCCCAGUCUCUGACCGGAGAAGGUGCUCCGUCGAAGUCCGCCGAGUUUGAUCCCAAAAUUUUCCGUCAAAACUUCAUGAGGCGAAAUGAUUACAACCGCACCGGAUAUGGGCAUAAGGACGAAUGAGCGACCAGUAUUCAAGUGAUAAUUUGAUGCAGAAAUUGAAGGAGAAUGGUAACGUUGAAGCUGGGCGAAGCUUAUGGAUUCUGCUGGGGAGACUCUGAGAAUUGCUUAUGAAGCUCGACAUCAUUUUCCGGAUCGCACAAUUUGGGCUCACUAAUGAAAUCACUCACAAUCCCACUGUUAAUCAGACGCUGGGGGAGAUGGGAGUGAAGAUUAUCCCAGUGAAGGAAGGGAAGAAACAAUACGAUCUGGUUGCGAAGGGCGACGUGGUGGUGCUGUCUGCGUUCGGAGCUCCGGUGCAGGAGAUGAUGCUGCUGACUCAGAAGAAUGUGGAGAUUGCGGACACAACUUGUCCAUGGGUUGCCAAGGUUUGGCAUAGCGUUGAAAAGCACAAGAAGGGAGAAUACGCGUCGAUAAUCCACGAAAUUCAAAUUUGCAGUAUCAUAGGGGUUUGAUCCAGACAAAGAUUUGGAGAGAGUUGGUAUCGCGAAUCAGACAACUAUGUUGAAGAGGGAGAGAGCCGAGAGCCGAGAGCCGAGAGGGAGCCGCGGCCGCGGCCCUCACGCGACUCAGCCGUGUGCGCCGCGGCCCCACCACUGCAGCGGCCCGAGAGCCACGGCCCGGCCACCGAUUUUUUUUUCUUUCUUUUUACCAUUUUUCCUCCAUUUUUCUACCCCAAU